AUGUGAAUUGCUCACCAGAGCAGCGCAUUAUUUCAUAAAAUGUGAAUGAUAAAAAGCAUAAUAACGUCGGUCCGAUUACAGUCCGAGAUGCGCUAUUUUGAAGACAAUCUCCUCUAAUAUCAGCGCAUUUAGUUCAAUUGCAAUACUAGUAAGAAAACACACAAUAGAUAAUCAACCACAAUGGAUAUGGUGAAGCAUGCGCAUCGUUCGAGAACAUUUUAAACGAUCCAUAUGCUUUUAUCCAUACAAAACGCAACAAAAAGCAAGAAUGUCCGAACAAGGUAUUUAUAAUCGGAUAUACACACUCGAUGCCACAAAUCCGGUUUGAUUUUCAUGGGAUGUAAACGUGUGUUUGUUUAUUUAGUUUUACUUGUAAUAAACAGGAAUUUGGGUUGAUUGAGGCAGAAUGCAUUCAACGGAGGUUCAGCAACGCUUAGCCCUCAUCAAGCUGCUUCCUUUUUUUAUCAGUGUUGUGUUCUACUUUCGGAUCUUCAUCUACUAUGAACCAUCUGCAUUGGCUGUGAUCACCAAAUGUGCUCCCAUAAUUAGUUUGAUGUAUUUUGUCAUUAGCACUAACAAAAACGAAAAUCCCCUCUCACAGAAUAUAUUAUAUGGCCUGAUGUUUGGCGGCGUCGGCGACGCCUUUCUGAUAUGGAAAGCGGGUUUUUUACAAGGAAUGUUGUCAUUUACCCUGGCACAUGUUUAUUACAUAAGGGCCUUCGGAUUUAAGCCCUUAAAGCUCAAGCUGUGGCUUUACUUGCUGGUUCCAGCAUUAAUCGUUGCCGCUAUUCUUUACAAUGGAUUAUAUGGGGUGAUGCGGUUCGUCAUUCCCAUCUACAUCCUGGUCAUUAGCAUGAUGAUCUGGAGGGCGUGGGCUCGAAUCCAGUCCCAAAAGUGCACCUGGAUUGAACUGGCCACUGUUAGCGGAAGCGUUCUGUUUGGUUUGUCCGACUUCAUUAUCGGAAUAGAUCAAUUCGUUCGGCCCGUCGCUCAUGCCCAGGUGAUAAUAAUGUCUUUAUAUUAUGCUGCCCAAUUAGGAAUCGCUCUGAGCGUUUUACAACCCAACAGUCUUUGAAAGAACCAAAAACCUUAAUUAUUCAUGCCUACCACUGAGGAAGCUCCAAAGGAUACAGGGUGUACUUACGCAGAUUAUACAAUUUUAUGCCUAGAAUCUAAAAUCACACAGGAUUUGAAAAUGUUUUGUCUUUUUUUUAUUAAACAAAACAAAUUCGUGAUCGUAACAGUAUUAUUGUAAAAUUUAUUCAAUAUAUGUUCUGUGUAACUUU